ACCUGUGGAACUUGGAGAGACCUCCUCCAUAGCGAGCAGUCAGGAAGAGUUUUCUCACUUCAGUAAAACCAGUAAAACAUUUGUUAUAAUGGGUGCAUUUUACCUGUUCUCAUACUGGUUCGGUUUUGCGAUAUUGUGUAUACUCCUACUGAUUGCAUCCGCGUUCCUUGGAUAUUGUUUAUAUGUUAAAUACAUUCACAUGAAAUAUGAUCAUAUCCCUGGGCCACCGAGAGACAGUUUUCUCUUCGGGCAUGCACCAACCAUGAUAGAGGAAACACGAAGUGGGAGAAAUCUCCACGACAAAUUCCUGCAGUGGUCAGAAAUGUACGGGCCAGUGUAUAGGAUAAAUAGCCUUCAUAUGGUUAUUAUUGGUGUGACUUGUCCGGAGGCUACUAAGGAGAUCUUGAUGUCCCCUAAGUACCCAAAAGAUAAACUUUUGUACUCACGGCUUUUUAAUCUUUUUGGAGUGAGGUUCCUUGGGAGUGGCUUGGUUUCCGCUACUAACCACGAGCAGUGGUAUAAACAACGAAGGAUCAUGGACCCGGCCUUCAGCACUCUGUACCUCAGGGGUCUGAUGGGGACCUUCAACGAGAGGGCAGAAAACCUCAUGGAUGAACUCACAAAGUUAGCAGACAGCAAAAAAGAAGCAAAGAUGCACCAGUUGCUUAGCCGUGUGACCCUAGAUGUCAUCACCAAGGUGGCCUUUGGAAUGGAUUUAGACCUCGUCAACAACGACUCGCCGUUCCCCAAAGCCAUUGAGACUUGUCUGAAAGGCAUGGUCGCCAAUCUCCGAGAUUUAUUCUUUCAGUACAAGCAAAACAACCAACCGUUCAUCAAGGAGGUGAGGGAGGCGUGCCAGCUUCUGCGGACCACAGGAGAAGCCUGGAUCUCCAAACGGAGAACCGCCAUCCAAAAUGGCGAAGAUGUACCCAAAGACAUCCUCACUCAGAUCAUCAAAUCAGCUGGACAAGAAGAGGAGAUCACCAAAGAGGAUGAGGACUUAAUGUUGGACAACUUUGUGACGUUUCUCAUCGCGGGGCAGGAAACAACAGCCAGUCAGCUGGCGUUCUGCAUCACCGAACUAGCAAGGAACCCUGACGUCAUGGAAAAAGCGCAGAAAGAGGUGGAUUCUGUCCUUGGAAUGAAGCAGGAGAUUAGCUAUGAUGAUUUGGGAGAGCUGACCUACCUCUCACAGGUACUGAAGGAGACUCUGAGGUUGUACCCCAGUGCUCCGGGAUUGUCUCGUGAGGUGUCAUCAGACAUUACCAUCGCUGGUUAUGACAUACCUGGAGGAACUAUACAAAUGUUUGACACCUAUGUUUAUGGGCGGAUGGAUAAAUUCUUCAAGGACCCACUGACGUUCGAUCCAGACCGGUUUCAUCCAGACGCAACAAAGCCUUACUACUGUUACUUCCCCUUCGCUCUUGGAGCACGCUCCUGUCUGGGACAGAAGUUUGCACAGAUGGAGGCUAAGGUGGUGAUGGCCAAGCUGCUUCAGAGGUUUGAUUUCAGCCUGGUACCAGGACAGUCCUUUGACAUCUUGGACACGGGAACCUUGAGGCCAAAGAGUGGGGUCGUUUGCAACAUUAAACACAGGGAUCAGUAGGGGAAGUAUGGGAGUGCAGUGGCCUGGGCGUAUGACUCUCAGCCCAAAAGGUGGCGGGUUUGAGUGAAUAAAAUAAAUAAUAAUAAUAAUAAUAAUCUCUGACGAUUUGAUUGGCUGACCGGCCUGAUUGUAAUUAUAACACAAUCAGUUUCCUUGUAAUAUAUAUCGGUUGAAAAUACAAAUAUGCAAUCAUAAUUAGCGUGCACAUUGUUAUUGCAAUGCUUCUGACCAAGAGAUGGUUCAUUUGUUCAAUAAUUAAUAAAGCAAUAUUCAUGAGAUUUUUUUUUUAUUCAUUACAUUUAUUAACUUUGACUCUUCAAGGAUUUAAACUCUGUUGCCCAAAUAGAGCCAACAAUUUAACAAGGGUUAUAAUGGGAAAAAGUACGGCAUUUUCGAUGCAUCAAUAUGUUUUGUGUUUUGCGGUAAGGGUACAACGAGGGUAGACCUACCACUGAAAAUGUGUAAUAAUAAUAAUAAUGUUAUUCCGUUUUAGGCAAUGCUGAUUUAAUAUUCGAAGUAUAAGUGGCGCUUAGUUGGGCAGUAUGCAGCACGAUGCGAACAUAUUCUCUCCUCAUUGCUCCUUGCAAUAGCUGGAAAAUAGUAAAUACUAUAUCUUACCACAUGGGUACGCUGUGACUCUGAGAGAAGUGUCACAGGCACCUGUUAAGCCAGACUCAUGUAGCCUGUCUUUUGUUGGUUUUUGAAUAACCGUCUUUAACUGUUUUAAAGCCAAAUGAAACAUUCCCUGCUUCAGAAUAAAGCCUACAAGUAUGU